AUGAAGCUCUACGCAGCCGGAUCGAAUGGCUCCGGACAACUUGCUUUCGGCCACCUGGACGAUGUCUCCACAUUCACCCCCACCCGCUUCUCCUCAUCCCUCGACUCCAUCCUCCCCCACUCGACCAUCAUCGACUUGGUCUCGUCCUCAACCCACGCCCUCCUCCUCAUACAUUACAAGUCGGACACAUCUGUUCCCGGGCGAAACAUCCUGGUGGGUGCAGGAACAAACACCCUCGGUCAGCUCGGUCCGAAAUGUCAGCUCUGGAGCGACGUCAAGCCGGACACCGAGUGGAAAGUCGUCAAUGCCCUGCCUCGAGGACUGGGCGGGAACGACGAGUGGGAGGCAAUGAAGGUAGCGGCGACAUGGACGACUAGCUUUGUGGUCUAUCGGCGGAAUCCGGUCGGCGGCGUGGAUCGGGAGAAGGAGAUGGAGGAGAUGGUGGUUUCGUUCGGCUCCAAUGACUUUGGGGAGCUCGGCCGACAGGCGGGCGAUGAUGAAGAGGAAGAGGAGGAUGAUGUGGGACUUCCAGCGGUAGUUGAGUUGGGACUCGGUAAAGGCGACACGGUGGAAAUGCUACGAGGGGGACAGAGGCAUGUUCUGGCUGUCGUCAAGGGGAGAGAGGGCCAGAGGUUGAUAGGAUGGGGCGCGAACAGGAAAGGCGAGCUCGAAGUCUCGACCCUCGACAGAGCCACUGUCGGGCAGACAGAAGAGAGCUACCUCGGAGAUACCGCCAAAGGAAAGGGCAAGGGGAAAGGGAAGAGCAACGCCCGACCGCCCUUCCUCCCUCCGACGACACUCGCCCUUCCCCUUCCUCCCGGCACACGUAUCAUCGAUAUUCGUCUUGGCGCAUCUCACUCUCUCGCUCUGCUAGACACAGGCGCUAUCCUGGCGUGGGGUUCCGACGCCAAAGGACAGAUCGCCGGUCUAUCCUCCAUCGCCGGCGCGACAGGCAUCGCCGCGACCUGGGGAGGGAACUAUGUCCUCCAACGUACCUCUCGCGAUACCGGGCUGCUCUCGCAAGGAGCGAACACGUACUCGCAGCUCCUCCGUCCUAGUACGGCUGGGCAGAGGGGGCCGCACAAGGUAGAUAAGCCGGAAGCGAGGGAGAUCAGGACGAUAGUGGCGGGCUCAGAACAUCUUCUGGUGCAUCUCACUCGCCCAGAUGGCGGAGAGAAGCUGGAUGAGCUGUGGGUAGGAGGGUGGAACGAGCAUGGGAAUCUGGGACUAGGGGACCAGGUGGACAGAGCUGCCCUUACGAGGGUAGAUCUGAGUGGAGAGGGGGCCCGGCUACGGAUUGGUGGCAUAUGGGGCGGAUGUGGGUCCAGCUGGGUUUGGGUAUUGGAGGACUAG